UCAUCCAGUUUUUUUUGCAGCAUCAGUACCGCGCUCGCAUCGAAUUCGUUUGCUGGAGUCGGAGCGCGCUGCGGGGCGACACUGCACCGCCAAGGAGGACGCACAAGCACCGUAGAGGGGGGACUAGAAAACAGGGAAAAAAGACGGAGAAGGUAGCGUGCAGGGGAGACGCAUAGCCUACUCCCUAAUUUGAAUAUUAGAAGAAAAUAUACAAUUGUCAGACCCUUGGACAUAAGAAGACAACGAGGCGCAAAAAACCCAGGCGAUUAUAUUUUAGCCCAGCACGGCGGGGAGACCAUGAAGGACCGUACGCAGGAACUACGAAGUGCUAAGGACAGUGACGAUGAUGAAGAAGUCGUCCAGGUUGACCGUGAUCACUUCAUGGAUGAGUUUUUUGAACAGGUGGAAGAGAUUCGAGGCUGUAUAGAGAAGCUGUCAGAAGAUGUGGAGCAGGUCAAGAAGCAGCACAGCGCCAUCCUGGCAGCGCCCAACCCUGAUGAAAAGACCAAGCAGGAGUUGGAGGACCUCACGGCGGACAUCAAGAAGACAGCGAAUAAAGUUCGCUCAAAAUUAAAAGCAAUCGAGCAGAGCAUCGAACAGGAGGAGGGGCUGAACAGAUCAUCUGCAGACCUCCGAAUUCGUAAGACGCAGCACUCGACGCUGUCGCGCAAGUUCGUAGAGGUGAUGACCGAGUACAACACCACUCAGUCCAAAUACAGGGAUCGCUGCAAGGACCGUAUCCAGAGGCAACUGGAGAUCACUGGGAGAACAACCACCAACGAGGAGCUGGAGGAUAUGCUGGAGAGUGGCAAGCUUGCCAUUUUCACCGAUGAUAUCAAGAUGGACUCUCAGAUGACCAAGCAGGCCCUGAAUGAGAUCGAGACCCGACACACUGAGAUCAUCAAGCUGGAGAACAGCAUCCGCGAGCUGCACGACAUGUUCGUCGACAUGGCCAUGCUGGUCGAGAGCCAGGGUGAGAUGAUUGACAGAAUCGAGUACAACGUGGAGCACUCUGUGGACUUCGUGGAGCGGGCGGUGUCUGACACCAAGAAGGCUGUCAAAUACCAGAGCCAGGCUCGCAAGAAGAAGAUCAUGAUCAUUAUCUGCUGUGUCAUCCUGGGAGUCGUCUUGGCAUCCACCAUCGGCGGAACCCUCGGCUUUUAGUGACCAUGACAACGAAAGACGACCACAAGAGGAAAAAAAUCUCGCUGACAGAAAAAUAUUACAUUACGAGAUAAGGAAAACGCUCUAAAGGGGUUGGGUGGGGUUGAAAAAACAAAGACAAAAAAAAACGACAUUACAUUAUAGCUGACUAAUUACAUAACGUAAACAAAAAGAGGGUACAAAUAAGCAUAAUAUUUACAAUGUACAUGUAAAUGUAUUGAACAUAAGAAACAGCACAUGGGUUAGCUACCUGUAAAGAAAUAGGACGUAAAACGUGUUUUUUUUCUUAUUUUUUCACAUGGGUUAGCUACCUGUAAUGAAAUUUGACGUAAAACAAUGUCUUUUUUUUUUGUUUGUUUUUCACAUGGGUUAGCUACCUGUAAAGAAAUAUGACGUAAAACAUUUGUUUUUUCUUAUUUUUUCACAAAGGUUAGCAUCCUGUAAAGAUAUAUGACGUAAAACAUUUGUUUUAUUUUCUUAUUUUUUCACAUGGGUUAGCUACCUGUAAAGAAAUAUGACUGAAAACAUAUGUUUUUUUCUUAUUUUUUCACAUGGGUUAGCUACCUGUAAAGAAAUAUGACGUAAAAUAUUUGUUUUUUUCUUAUUUUUUAAAAGUUUCUUUCCUUUUUUUUGGGAUCUCCAGGACAGUGCCAAUGACUGCUAAAUUGUGUUCCAGCAAAUGUAGUUUACUUGGACGUCAUUCCAGAACAUAGAACGGCUGAUAGCUUAGGGGUAAGUGUGUUGGACCAGUAACCAAAAGGGCACUGGUUUGUAAAGCCCUGAGCUUACAAGAUGAAAAAUCUGUGGAUAUGCCAUUGAGCAAGGUACUUAACCAUAAGUGCUCCUAUAAGUCACACUGGAUAAGAUUGUAGUCCGGACUGAGAGGAAAUAGGAUGGCUGGUGUAGCUUACUUCAUUGGUGCAAUGAUCACAUUUUGUUAUGAGAGGCUGACUAUGGUUUUGGUUAAACAGUGUCUUGUAGAGUCCUCUCAUUGGUUGACAAUUCCUAUCAAUCAUGUCAAUCAGACAGUCAAGUGUAGUCGACUUGACCAACCUGCAGACUGGCUUACUAAAUGUCCUAGAUUGCCAUUGAUUCGCAAGUCUUUUUCAACCAAUGGGGAAAAGAGCUUAUACUUAACAAGCACACGCCCAUGGAGCUGUUAAUGGGGCGGUGGCCUACAGACAGAUGGAUGCCUCUCCUUUAAGAUGUGGCACUGCAGCAGCAGGUUUCAACAACAACUGCUUUGACAGCAUUGCUUUAGCAGAGCCCUUCUCUGCUCUUAUCUGUACAGUACGAGCGUGGGCCGAGGAAUGUCUCUGGGUCUUCAGUUAAUUCAAUAGGCCUGCGGCAGAAGCCAAAUUCAGAGACAGAUUAGAAACGAGACGAGGCGGGCAGUUGGGGGGAGGGGGUUAGGGGGUGGCGGUCAAAUUAUGCAGUUUUGACAAAGAAAGCAGACCGGCGGCAGUUCUCCCAAUGAUGUCAAAAGGACCCAGAAGGAAGUACAUGAUAAAAGGUUGUGAGAUACACCAGAGAGAGAAGGAAGAGAUGGCGUUGAGAGGAGGUGUCCUUUAGCCGUCAAGCCUGUUCUAUAGAUUUUUCUAAAAAUUAGGAACAUAUUAAAAAGUGAAGAAGAAACUUGAGAUGCUGUCUUGCCAUGCUGUGGAGUCUCUUGUCUUACCUUGGAAGUGCUUAGCAUCUGCUUUGUCCUGUAGUGUGUGAUGUGUCCUGUGACAAAUAGUCUGGCCUCAUAUUUCCUUUAUAGACCUUAGGCUAUAUUUUGCAUUUGGCUCUUUGCUUUCUUUUAUUUUCAAAGACAGAAAACAUAUAAGCAAAUGGGUACUGUGAAUUCUAUUUCACAAAGACGGGCAUUUCUCUCUGAAUAUUCCGUCGAUGGUGCUGAAGUAUUGCCACAUUAGUUUAAAACGGCGGCUUGGGGCGGGAGUGCUGUGCUCUAUGAUUGCACACUGUAGGUACAUUUUGACAUUUGAGUUCAGGCUGAGAACAGAAGUGAAUGCUGCUAUGUUUAUCUGAAGAAGACAACUGUCCCUUGCCAAGGAAAUAUGCAUGGCGACAUGACACGCAGGUCACAGUGACUCGGGUUGAUGUCAGCGCUGUGAUGUCAGUCGCAGAUUAAGACCCAAUUGCGGGAAUAACCGGAUCAAAAUCAUGACUCACAAGCCUUGGCCUCAAAGUCCCAAUUCCCCUGCUUGCGUUGACGUGUUGGUGCUGACGAGACGAGCUGAAGUGCUCUGACGGUUUGGGGCCACCUUCGUGGAAUGCUGUCCCUCUCUGGUUGGCAUGACGAUGUCCUUCUCCUCUGAUUUGUCUAGACCGAACUGGCACCAAAUCAGUAUACUCUAUGAUCGAUGGAUGUUCAAAAAGCAAUAACUUUAUUGCUAGUGUGUUGAUUUGGUUUAAAGUCCAUUUUAAAAGUUAUCCAAUUAUCAUUUGGUUUUAGCUCAGUUGUAUAUUUACAGAUGAUACGUAAAAAGUGUUAAUUUUGUUCAUUUCAAGUGCCCAAACAGACUAUGCUAGACACCACAAACUGAAACUGUGUAUUCUUGUAAUUGAUACUUUGACUGUAUACGUAAUAAUUGUAAGGAAAAAACAAUAUGUCGUCAAAUGUUGAAAUGUUGAAAUCUUGAAAUAAUAAUUUAGUGUUGAAUAUGUCCUUAAUCUUGUAUACUUAAAGGGGAGGAGCCAGCUCUCAGUUUUCCAAACUUCGAUUUUAAGAGUGCUGUCAUAAUGCAGCUAAGAUGAAAAUGUCCAAAUGUCUAAAGUGACUCUUCAUAGCUGCAUGUUGAUUUACCCUUUCCCUGUCAUCAGCAAGAAACAUCCUUUAAUGAGUCGUGGCCUUCUUGGUAUAUUCGCAUCAUGUCAUCAUUGACUGACUCACACUGAACUAGCUGUUGCUGUCCAAAUUUUACAGUUAUGUUCUAUAUUCGGCUAAGAUGCCGAUAAAAUUAUAGCUCCUGGAAGUGCUCAAUAGUAGUUUGUUUGUGCAUUCUGCUAAGGUCUGUCGUAUCAUCAUAAAGACAAUAGCUGCAAUAAAUAGGAAGCUGGAAGCUUAAAGAAAAUGAUAGUUUGUGUCACAUAUCCAUGCAAAAUGCUGUUUGUUUCUGAGCGGGGAUUCGUGGCCUUGGAUGAUUGGUUGUCCCUGCGGUAGUUGCUGUUGCUUACCUUUUCCAGGAACAACAACAUAACGUGGUGAGAUUGGCUCCACUUACACACUGAAGCGCUUUCAGCAAGAUAUGGCCUCUAUUCAAACAUGAUUUUAGUUUAGGAAUUUCCCAUGUCACAAUUUUUUACAGACAUACCCGAGACUACUUUUGAGCAUGAUGUUGAUCGCCACAGGUGAUGUUUCAGUCCUGUGUGUGACGUCAAGGCUCUGGUGUAAUUUGGCUGAGCCUCAGAAGUCCAAUUUGUAUUUUUCCAUGGCAAGAAUGUCUUUCUGUAGCAAGAGAUUUUGAGGGCAUAGGAAUGGUAAACAGGAAAUGUAGGUUCAUCCAACUAACAUCAACACCCAGAGAUACGAGAAGUGAACUGACUGUAUCCCUCAAGUCAUUCCAGCAUUGGCCAGCAUGUUUUUUUUUUGUUGCUACUGUGUAUUUAAUGUGUCCAACCACUUACAUGUACAGUUAAAACGGGGUUAUAUUGAUGUUGUCGUUGUUUUGGAAAAAAAAGGAAUAUGGCUAGGGAGCCCUUAUUCUUUUAAGGCAUGCAACUUCCGGCUUUGUGAGUUUGCAUGGUGAUUUCUGCUCUCGAUCAUGUGCGCACUUUACACUCUUUAAGAAAACACUGUCUCUUUCACGUUCACUGUUUAAUUUAGCAAUCGAUUAUUUAUAUUUACUUCACUGGGGACGGGUUGAGGGGGUGAAAGUUAUGUUGUUGUUGCUGGCGUGUGUGUGUUGUCAAGUCUACAGACGCACCGUAUUUCCGGUGGUGUGUCCAGAGUGUGUACACACUCUGGGGGCUGCCCCAACCCCCCCCCCACCCCCCCACCCUUUGGAGCACUGCAGCGUGAGUUCUUCCACCGUGGCGGAACCAACGGCGGUCGUUCUGAUACAAUACAUUCCAUUCUGUAAACCGUCCCGCUAGUCCAGUCCCGCGGCCUCCUCGCCACCAAAUGCUUUGUGUGCUUUUGCGGUGGCAUACGCCGUCCUUCGGGGAGGGGGGGGGGGGUUGGUAGAAUCGUCGAUCGUGAAUCCCAGGCUGCAGCUGCAACUUUUGAGCUCCCAGGCCUUGAGCGCACGACCCUCCCCAUGGUGAUAAAAAAAAAAAAGACAGUGUGUGUUUGUGCGUGAGCAUGAAUGUUUGUUUGUGUACAGUUUGUGUGUGUGUGUGUGUGUGUGUGUGAGUGUGUGUGCACGACUGUAGUUGAUGCAGACCGAUUGCGUCAUACUCUGAGCAUGCGACUAGGCUCCGCAAGGGCUGUUGGGAGUUAGCAGGUCCAUGGGUUUUAGCUGUUGAGUUCCAGUUUUAUGUUGAAAAAAUAUAUACAUAUUUAUAUAUUAGUGAAUUCAAACCAAAGCGUUUUGUCCCAUGUGUUCUCAGAGUAAUCUAAUCAAAGAGCACAAAGCAAGUCAAGUUUACGGAAAUGCUUAGAAUAACAGUCAUCUGUAGUUAUCCUUCCCCAUUCAAAUCAGUGUAUGUUGGUCUGUUAAGUAAUUUAUUCAAACUCCUGAUAUUACCUGUUGACUAGACUUCCCCUAUUGUCCUUUAUAGCCAUCCGUAGUUGUAGUCUUUGUUGAAACAAGAGAUUCAUACUAUGAUGUGCAUGUAGUCCUCUACACUUGAUUCCAAAGGAGACAACUUUGAUCAUGAUGAUAAUUUUGAUUAUUAUUGUUGUUACCACCAGUAAUAAUACAAAUAUUUGUUGAGAUACAUAUCCCCACUCACAUUUACAUAUGGCGUGCUCACACGUCAUUACGCACUCAGCAUACUCGUGCUUUACUUUGGCCUCUACGGCCAUCCAUCUUAACUCCCACUGCGCUUUCUCUGUGCUGGCUACAUAUCUGAACAGAGUGGACCCAGAUCAACUUUGGUGAAUAUAAGGGCACUGACCUGGACGAACCAAAGGAUUCUAUGUUUUUAUUCCUGUAUGGUUUUCAAGUUAAAUGUGUACGGGUCGCGCCGGACAUCAGAAAGACCCGCAGCGGCAUACAUAGGAAGCCUAGAGAAAGCAUUCGAUUAAAUGAGCGGAGGAAGACGGACAUGGAUGACCUUGCCAUUUAGCUUCUGUCAAUGCAAAGCCUUGUCAGCACAAGCUAGUUGAAGGAAAAACCUCUUCUGGAAAUGGUUUGAAUAUGCUCUUGACCUGCAAAUACAACCAGCUAGAUCUUUUAAACUGACAUAUCUCUUCCGUAUGGUUGUAUAUGGGCCCCUUAUAUCUUUGCUUGUUGGAGCUACAAGAAAAUUCAAGGCUGUGUGCAGUGGCCCCUGGCUUGGUCCUGGUCCUGUGAAUAUUCGAGCUGUUUUCACGAAAGAGGUUGUCCUUGAAACAAAUUCAAUGGCCAACCAGACCCUCUUCGGGGUCUGGUUGGCUAUUUUCGAUUUAGGCUAACUAACAUGCUACUGUCAUUUGCCACAACAAGACCCUUUGUUGUUGUUUUAUUAGCUUCAUGAUCCCAUUCUGGAGCAUUCAUAUCUCACAACAGUGUUCCUUUGUAUCAGUGUUUCAAUUGGGAGGGGGGUGGGCGGUGUAGGAACGGUGCCCCGAAAUUGUGACUUCAGAAAGAUCAUUAUUAUCUAAAUGGUCACAACAGUAGGUUACUGAAAACUGAAUAGAUAAUGAAUAUAAUGCAGAAAUUUUGCAGCCUGAGGGUGAAAUGGCAAAAUGAUCAAAUAUUAAACUAAAAAAGUGUGUGAUUAUAUAAUAGCAAUGAUUUAAAGAAAUAAAGGAGUUAUGUCAACAAAAUAAUAGUAGUAAUAUUGAAUAUUGAAUGCUCGCAAUUUUGUCAAACUGAACUGGAUCUUUGUGUCUUGUAAUUAUUGUAAAUACUUCAAAGAGAGAAAAAAUGACUUGCAUGUCCAUGUAUAAAACUAAUGAGAAACUUGUUCCUGUCAAAGUUGUGAAGUGGUUCGAUCUCUGCCCUGUGCCCACUGUCUCCCUUUCUUUGGACUGACUGUCUGUACAUCUGCGUCUUUUCAGUUUUUAACGCAUGUCUGGGGAGUGUUUGGAUAUAAUAAAGAAUAAUUUGUGAAACCAACCAUAUCAGUUGAAAAAACAACUACCAGUUUGAUUUGGUUCAGAGGCCUCUGCCUAUGGUGAAUAGUGCUUCCCUCCAUCCGUAGUAAGACGCGGGUGGCGACUUCCGUGUUGCCGUGUACGUCUGGGUUUCCUGCUUCCAGGCCAAAUCUGAACCUAUAAGCUCUCUCUCCGUUGUCAAUUAUUAGCCAGCAGUCAGCCAAAAUCAGCCCUGUCAUUCUGAUUGAUAUUGUCUUGUAUAUUGACAAUGUCAACCGUGUAAUUUUACUCCUGGCAUAUCCUCAGUGGCCCGGGGUCUCGCAUCUCUGUUAAAAGUGUAUUGUGGUAAAAGAACAAGUCCUCUUAAUUGACCCUACCAUGUGGUGGCAUUUAGAGUCAUUAACUACUAAUCUGUGUGCUCUUCAAUGUCUGCCAAGUGUUGCCCCUUUCCAAUGUUCAGGAGAGUAAAUUUCUGAAUUGAGUUAGGCUCCACAUUGAGUUUUGUCCUAUUUUUUUGUGUACUGACGUGUGAGAGCAUCAGGUGCCAACAGCUCACUGGGUUUCAGAGGACUUCAUCUCAACAGUCAGGCCACCCAAAUGGGUCGGACCAUCCUCAAAGGGCAAGUCGUGGAUACAACUGAAAGAUUGGCCUGUGACAAUGUAGAAAUCCACUUUUAAGUGCAAUACAAAAGAAAAAGGGCUUUCUCUAACAAAUAUUUGUCAGACCUUAACCGACCACAGUUUUGGUUGCAGGUAGAAAGCCAAGGCUGGCGGAAGUAAUUUGAAAUGUGUAACAACACGCUGUCUGAGGAGAACAACUCCAUCUUGGUCCAUAAACGUCAGUUAGAGGGGGUUGUCAGGGAGAUCAGACUGAAACCAGAAAAUUCUAUGGAGAGAUUUCAAAAAUGAGGACAGUUGGAUCGUUUGUUGCAACUUUGACUGGAAAUGCAACUUGUGUCCCGUUUUUUUUGUGUGUGUGUAUGUGUGCGUACCGUAAUGUAAAAAUCUAUCUGUCCCCCCCCCUCUCUCUCUCGUACUGCUGUUUGCUGUUCUGUUUAGUUAGUGUGACGUGCCAGUAUCCCCCCCCUUCGCUAUCUCCUCCUCUCUCUCUCUCUCUCUCUCUCUCUCCCUCUCUUCUCCAUGAAUCUUUAAGAUGACAACUCUAUGCAGAUGCUGUCUUUUAUAAGUGUGUCAAAUUUUAAUUUAAAAUAAAAACUACAAAAAAAAAACACCCCGACAGACAUAUUGAAAUGAUAACAAAAAAUGAAUAAAGAAAAGGAUUGUUCAGUGUA